AUGAAUUUGUUUGCUGAAGUUGUUGAGGUACUUAAUUAUGUCAAAGAUGAGGGGUCUAGUUUAUCUAACCGUAAUCAAGCAAAGGGUAUUUGGUCAUAUUUCAAGACACUUGAUUUCGUGUUUCUUUUACACUUGAUGUUGGAAAUUCUAGGCCUCACAGAUACCUUGUCAAAGCAUCUUCAAAAAAAAGAUCAAGAUAUUUUGGAAGCGGCUUCAUUAGUAAAAGGGACAACAAAAGCACUAAUAGUUUUUAGAAAAGAUGGGUUUCCGCAAAUUUGGAAGAAGGUAUGUGCUUUUCGUGAAAAACAUAGUAUUGGAAUUGUGGACAUGUCGGAAUAUUAUGGUACCCCACGAAAGCGUAGGACCAAUACGACUAAUCAACAUCAUUUUGAAGUUGUGACUUUUAACAUGGUUUUAGAUAUGCAAAUUCAAGAAUUUGGGGAUCGAUUUAGUGAAGUUAGCACGAAGCUGAUAGAGAACAUGGCGACUUUGAGUCCUUGUGACUCAUUUUAUAGUUUUGAUAAAUCAAAGUUGUUGAAGCUAAGCGAGAUAUACAAAAAUGAUUUUGACGAUUCAGAAAGAGUGCAUCUUAAUGGACAACUUGAUAUCUAUUAUCACUCUUUGCUCCAUGAUGAGAAAUUUGUCAACUUGAAGGGAAUUGCAGACCUCUCUCGUUUAUUAGUGGAAACAGGGAAACACUUAUCUUUUCCUUUGGUUUAUAGAUUAUUAAAACUAACUUUGGUUUUGCCUGUCGCAACCGCAACCGUUGAACGAUGUUUUUUCUGCAAUGAAGUUGUUGAAGACUAA